CGCUGACAGUGAUCUGGUGCUUUGGUGACCAUCCGUGAGCCCGAGAAUGAAGAUCCUCCUCUUCUUCACCCUCCAGCUGAUCUCAGGUCAAGUGGGCUGCGUUUACGUAAUUGGCUACCCAGGGGGUGACGUCCUAAUUUACUGCGAAGACAUCAAAUAUGGAUUUAAUGAAAAAUAUUUCUGUAAGUUAAAGCAAAACCAGUGCGAAGACAGAAUAGUCACUCAAGCCCAGAACAGGUGGAAUCAUACCGAGAGGUUCUCUCUGUAUGAUGCCCAUGGUGAGAACUUCGGUGGACUCUUAGUGGUGACUGUCAAACAACCCAGUUUGCAGGACGCUGGAUCUUAUCAGUGUGGAGAGACUGGAGCGUGGAAUCACACUGUGAAGCUGACACUGAACUCAGGUGAAAAAGACCCAACAAAGAAACCAGAAAGCACAGUGGAAACAACAACAGAGGAAUCAAAAUGUAAAUUUCAGAGUGUCUUUUCUGGCCCUGUCAUCAUCACUGUGUGUGUCUGUGUGACUGUCCUGCUGAUUGGAGGGUCAGCACUGAUCUAUAAAUUGGUACACAACAAAACACCAGGGUCUGUUUCUAGAGACUCACGUGCAGGAACAAACAGAACCGCUGACCGACACUAUGAAAAUGCAUCAUUUGAAGAUCAGAAUAUUGUCAUUGGUCAAGACAACCAGGACCGACAUCCCAACACCACCCAAUCACAUUCAGCCUACCUCACUCUAAACCCCAUCAACAACCAAUCACAUUCAGGAUAUCAGACUCUAAACCCCACCGCCAUCCAGUCACAUUCAGGAUAUCAGACUCUAAACCCCACCGCCAUCCAAUCACAUUCAGGAUAUCAGACUCUAAACCCCACCACCAUCGAGUCACAUUCAGGAUAUCAGACUUUAAACCCCACCACCAUCCAAUCACAUUCAGGAUAUCAGACUCUAAACCCCACCGCCAUCCAAUCACAUUCAGGAUAUCAGACUCUAAACCCCACCACCAUCGAGUCACAUUCAGGAUAUCAGACUUUAAACCCCAUCACCAUCCAAUCACAUUCAGGAUAUCAGACUCUAAACCCCACCACCAUCCAAUCACAUUCAGGAUAUCAGACUCUAAACCCCACCACCCUCCAAUCACAUUCAGGAUAUCAGACUCUAAACCCCACCACCAUCCAAUCACAUUCAGGAUAUCAGACUCUAAACCCCAGCACCAAACAAUCACAUUCAGGAUAUCAGACUCUAAACCCCACCACCAUCCAAUCACAUUCAGGAUAUCAGACUCUAAACCCCAACACCAACCAAUUACGUUCAACAUACCAAAGUCUAAAGCCCAAUAUCAACCAAUCACAUUUAGCAUACCAAAAUCUAAACAUCAACACCACCCAAUUACAGUUAGCAUACCAGACUCUCAAACCAUCAACAACCAAUCACAUUCCGCAUACCAGACCCUAAACCCCAACACCAAACAAUCAUGUUCAGGAUACCUCGUUCUAAAUCCGAACAACCAAUCACAUUCAGCCUACCUAAUUCUCAGCCCCAACCCCAACCAAUCACAUUCAGCCUACAUCACUCUACACCCCAACACCAACCAAUCAUGUUCGGCCUACCUGACUCUACACCCCAAAACCAACCAAUCGUGUUCAGUCUACCUCAUUCUAAACCCCAACAAACAACAAUCCCAGUCAACAUAUGUCCCUUUAAACUGUAUUCAGGUUCAGCAUAGUUGACUCUAAACCACUCAUUUCUUUGGGUUAUGACGGCUUAUAAGUCUUAGUACUGUCUGAUUGUUCUGUAACUGUGAAAAUGAAUCUACUCAAUAAAUAAAUAAGAUUGAAAUGUA